GCUGUAUUGUAUAUUAAUAUAAGGUAUAAUGACAACGUUUUCGUCUCCGCUUUUGAUCACAUCGGGUCUUCUAAUUAUUUGUAUGCUCGUGCCAGAAACCGUGCAAAUGUUUCUUCCGAAGAAGGGCAACUAUCCCUACCUGACAAGAGAAAGGGUGUUUAUCGAGCCGAACAAACGGCCGUUCUGCAACGCGUUUACCGGUUGCGGUCGCAAGCGCUCCAACCUGCCGGCGCUGACCUCCCAGGGCGAAGAGAUGGACGAAUCGAUAAACAGCCUGCUGGAGCUGAGCGCCGAGCCGGCCGUCGAGGACCUCUCGCGGCAGAUCAUGUCGGAGGCGAAGCUGUGGGAGGCCAUCCAGGAGGCGAACGUCGAGCUGAACAGGCGCAAGCAGAAGCAGUCGACGGCAGAGGGCGCGCAGAACGACGCCCCCGUGCCGGCGAGGAGCGCCGCCGCCAGCUGCGCCCUACCGCCCUGCUACAUCUAGAUGGACGGAUUUUUCGUUGGAGGCGAUACGCAGCUGAUAUUUUAAACAUGGCAUAAUGUACAGUCAGUCAAUAUAGUGGUUUUAUCCGGUUUAUGAAUGCAUGACGUUCACUCUUCGCGUAGGUGACGGUCUUUAUUCCUAAUAAAAUAUACCUAUCUAGUUGUGCUGAGUAAAAUAAUUAUUUUUCUCUUUGGAAUGUUAUGUUAAUUUUUCGGAUUGAAAUUAUUUGAACCAAGCAUUGGCUUGUGGCGAGAGUUUAUAGGUGCAUGAAUUAAAUAAACCAUAUCUAACUAUUUAAAUAUGAUCCAAAUAUACAAGUAUUUCAUUAAUGUGUGUACCUAAUUUGUUGAAAAUAAACAGCAUAAA